AAGAGCAGGAAUAUUUAAAAGAUAAAAAAAGAGGUAUUUUUAUAAGCAUUUUACAAAAUUAGGUAUAUGAUGAAAUUUCCUCUAUGCAAUUUGCGAGCUGAAGUUGAGUGUCCCGGUCCCAGUGUCUGUCUGUAUCAUUCGCCGCCGCUAAAUUGUGACAAUCCUACGCCGUUUUGAUCGCCGAAUAACUUUCUGUGUGCCAUAAUAUCCGAAUGAGACACAAAAAGCUCGGAAAUUACCUUGAAUGCAACUGCCAUGGCUGCAGCUGCAGAGCUCACCAGGUCUCUUUCUUCGAAGCUACUUUUGAAGCUUCUCAAAGCAGAGAAGAACCCAUUAUCUGCACUCUCACUAUUCGAAUCAGCGUCUCGCAAUAAAUCUCACUCUGCACACGUGUUUCACCACAUCCUUCGUCGACUCGCCGCGGAUUCACGACUCGUUUCCCACGUGUCACGAAUCGUCGAUAUAGUUAAAGCCCAGAAAUGCCCCUGCAAAGAAGAUGUUGCUUUGACUGUAAUCAAAGCUUAUGCAAAAAACAAAAUGUCAAAUAAAGCUUUAGAUACUUUUCAAAAUAUGCAAGAUAUUUUUGGUUGCAAGCCUGGUGUGAGGUCUUAUAAUACUUUGUUAAAUGCUUUUGUUGAAUUGAACGAGUGGGAUCGAGCUGAAUCGUUUUCUAGGUAUUUUGAAUCAAUGGAUGUGUCACCAAAUUUGCAGACUUAUAAUAUUUUGAUUAAGAUUUCUUGUAAAAAGCAGCAGAUUGAGAAGGCAAUAAGUUUGUUGGAUUGGAUGUGGAGUCAAAAUUUGAAGCCCGAUGUGUUUAGUUAUGGUACUUUGAUUAAUGGGAUGGUGAAAGUCGGGGAUCUUUUGGGUGCACUGAAGGUGUUUGAUGAAAUGUCUGUAAGAGGAGUGGUUGCUGACGUUACUUGUUAUAAUAUGUUGAUUGAUGGGUUCUUUAAACAUGGGGAUUAUGAUAAGGGUAAAGAGAUUUGGGAGAGGUUAGUGAAGGAUUGCUCAGUUUAUCCAAAUGUGGUUACUUAUAAUAUUAUGAUUAAUGGGUUAUGCAAGUGUGGGAGGUUCGAUGAGAGUUUGGAGAUAUGGGAGAGGAUGACAAAAAAUGAGCGUGAGAAGGACAUGUUUACUUAUAGUAGUUUAAUUCAUGGAUUAUGUGAAGCAGGGAACAUUGAUGGGGCUGUUAGAGUUUAUAAAGAGAUAGUUGAAAGCAGUUUGGUGGUUGAUGCGGUUACUCAUAAUGCAAUGCUUAAUGGGUUUUGUCGAGCAGGGAAGAUUAAGGAGAGUUUUGAAUUAUGGAUGGUGAUGGGGAAGGAGAAUUGUCAGACUGUUGUUAGUUAUAACAUAUUGAUUAAAGGAUUGUUUGAGAAUGGAAAGGUGGAAGAAGCGAUUUCUAUCUGGGAACUCUUGUGCAAGAAGGGCUGCAGGCCUGAAUCCACGACAUAUGGUGUUUUAAUUCAUGGUCUAUGCAAGAAUGGUCGCUUGAAUAAGGCUUUAAAGAUAUUCAAAGAGGCUGAAGAUGGACCUGGUAAGCUGGAUGCUUAUGCAUAUUCUUCAAUGGUUGAUGGAUUGUGUAAAGAAGGCAGAAUGGAUGAAGCAAUCAGCAUAGUCAAUCAGAUGGAUAAGCGUGGCUAUAAGCUGGAUCCUCAUGUUUGCAAUCCCCUGAUUAAUGGGUUUGUUCGAGCUUCCAAACUUGAAGACGCAAUAAACUUUUUUAGGGAAAUGGAAUGUAAAGGUUGCUCUCCUACUAUUGUCUCAUAUAAUACACUUAUCAAAGGUCUAUGCAAAGCAGAAAGAUUCAGCGAGGCAUAUUCUUUUGUUAAGGAGAUGCUAGAGAAAGAGUGGAAGCCAGACAUGAUAACAUGUAGCCUAUUGAUGGAUGGCCUUUGUCAAGAAAAGAAGAUUGAGAUGGCCCUCAACUUGUGGCAACAAGCUCUUGACAAAGGUUUUAAGCCUGAUAUAACUAUGUACAACAUUUUGAUGCAUGGGCUUUGCUCUGUAUGCAAACUUGAAGAUGCUUUGCAGCUUUAUUCACAUAUGAAGCGGUCAACCUGUGUUCCCAAUCUUGUGACACGCAAUACACUCAUGGAGGGGCUUUAUAAAGUCAGAGACUAUGAAAAAGCAUCAGAAAUUUGGGAUUGCAUUUUAAAAGAUGGCCUACAUCCAGAUAUCAUCUCCUAUAAUAUUACAAUUAAGGGACUUUGUUCUUGCAGUAGAAUCUCAGAUGCCAUUGAGUUCUUGAAUGAUGCUUUGAAUCGGGGAAUACUUCCAACUGCUGUUACAUGGAACAUCCUUGUCAGAGCUGCAGUUAAUUUUAGGACUUCAUCUGUACUUUCUGCCUGUGGCUUUGAAUAGUCUGAGAAGAGAAGCUAAUUUCUGAUGAUUCACUUUUCAGCUUCUAUGGGGUAUAUAGGAUUGUGCAACUUUAUGCUGACAAGAUGUUCUUCGAGAUCUUUCUGCUAACUAGCCUCUUGCUAGUUUGAGGGGAUGCUAACUAAAAUCUCUAUUAAGAAACAUGCAAUUCCUGUAUAUGCUAAUAUGAGGUGAGUAAAUUUUCCUGUAGUUCAUUAGCAGAUAUACUCUGCUUAACUUUGUUACAUAAGGAGCCCUCUUUCUGAAAACAUCAUUUCUAAUGUGUGACAAUACCUGCAGGCGUUCGCGCUGAGAAUAUCACCUUGAGCUUAAUUUGCAAAAUGCUGAACUGAGUGAUCAAACCCACUAAAACUGCUCCAAGAACGGCAACUUUUCGCCAAUCAGGUGAAGAGAUGAAAGAAUCAGCAAUACUGAUGACUAUCACCGCAAUUAGAGCAAG